AUGCUAUUGAAAUAUCAAUUACCACGACGCAAAGGAUUUUAUUUCAUCAUUGGUAUUCUCAACAUCUUCCUCAUUGCUACGUUUGUGUAUUUUUGGAAGUUAUCGUCAUCAAUAACAACAAUAAAUUCUCACAACAAGGAAGAUGUUUGGAAAUCGACUUCGGAGCAAAAUCAAAUAUUCACAAAACCUGAAAGAUUUGUCAUCAAUGCCUUGUUAGAUAUUUCUAGGAGCGAACGAGCAUUGAAUGCUUUGAAAUUACAUGAAAAAAAGAAUCAAAAUUUGGAUUCUGUCUCUAGAAAAUUACUCUCUGACAUGAUUUAUAUUCGAACACGAGUGUCUACUUGUCAAAACUCUGAUAAUGGAUUUGGUUUGCGAUGUGGAAUUACGAAUCAAUUGUUUGAAAUGAUCCAAUGUAUUUUUGUCAACUUGUAUUUUAGUCAUUUAGUGAAUGCUCAGAAAGAUGAUGAAAUCGAAGGACUUGGAUCAAAAGUGGUGGCAUUAUUAGAACCAAAUAUUUGCAUUUAUGGUUCAUGGACUUUGUGUGGAUGUUCAAAAUAUGUUCCAUUUUCAGAAUUGUGGAAUUUUGAAAAAUUAUCUCAAUUUAUUGGAUCGAAAGAAGCGUGGCAGAGUGUGACAAUACGAUCCAAUUAUUCGACGCCAGAAGAUGUGUUUUGGACAAAUCAAGACAAAAUGGAUAUUCCUUUCCCAAGAUUGGAUUUUCCAUGGCAUCGAGUGAACAAGGAUACUUUUUUGAAAAUGAUGCAACAAAGAGUGGAAUUGGAUGGAAUCUCUGUUGAAAUGAUGACAGCAGUUGAAUUCGAAGAAAUGGAUUGCAUGAGAAACGAGUUGAUCCAUGUAAGCUCAACACGAAGAAAAUUGCUUGACAUUUUAGAAAAUGCAAACACGAGAGAGGAUAUGUUGAUUCAGUUGGUAAAAGAACUCAACAAGAUUUGCAAACGUCGAAUUUCAGAAAUGGCACGCCACAACCUAUUGAUCGAUGAUCUUAACCAAAAAAUUUCACGUGAACUCUCUGUCGAUUAUUCAACUUUUCACUCAUUUGAAGAAGCAGGUGCCAACAAGUUUGGAUCUUAUCAAGGAAUAAUGAAACCUAACAAAGAUCAAUAUUUGACAAAAGUCAUCAAUCUAGGGAGAGUAUACGCUUGGUACAAUCCAGUGUUACCUCAAGAUUUUCAACUAUAUUCAGAAAUGUAUUUACAUUUGGAACCAAGAAGAGAUUUGUUGCAAAAAAUUGAAGACUUUAUGAAACAUCUCAAAACAACAGCAAUCAACAAGAAAUAUCAAGUGAAUUCUCAAAAUGGAAGGACCAUUGUCAUUCAUGUUCAAAUGCCUGCCGAACAUGAAACACACAUUUAUUACACGUGUCAACGACUUCCCAUGGAUCCAGUCACUAAAACAUUUGAUUGGAUUAAUUUCCUCCAAAAUGAUGUAAAGGUCACAAAGGGUGAUUCCAUUCUAGUCAUUGGUUAUGGCUUUCAAUAUGAAUUACAAGAAAUUCAAUUUCCUGCUCAGAAAGUAUUUAAGGAAUUGGGAGCUUUUCUUUUCACACAAACUGAAAUAUUUGGAGAAACAACACUAGAAAGCAUUUAUUAUAACUCUCUCUAUGCAUUCUUUGUGAGCAUGAAAGCAGAUGUAUUUGUAUCUGGAGUUUGUGGAUCUCAAUUUGGAAAUCAUGUCUUGUUUUUAAGGAGAAUGCAAAACAAGAAAGCAUGCAUUGCCUCUCAUGUCGAUCAAAAGACCUUCUUUUCAGAAACACCCAUUCAAAAACAUGGUUACAAUGAAGAAGUGGUGCAACGACAAUUGAAUCGAAUCAAAGAAGAGGUAUAUCAUUAUCCUAAUUUUGUGUAUGGAGUUUUAUUUAAGGCGCCUCGAUGCAAAUAUUUAUAA